AUGGAGAUCAGUGGUGGGCGGUUUGAUUCCCUGUUAAGAAGGGGGAAGAAUGGGCGGGGCUCCCCGCGCGCGCUGGCUGACCCGGAUGUGCAACUGCUAGGCAACGGCGGAAGUGUCGAAAAAGAGAAAGGAGGAGGUGGCGGCGGCGGAGGAGGAGGGCUGCGGCCUGGCUCAGAACUCGGAGAGGCCGGACGGAGGGACCCGGAGUCACUGCCGUCGUCGUCGCCGCCGCCGUUUCCGCUGCUGGUGAGGAGGGCUCGGCCCCGCAGAGGCAUCAUGAGUGAACAGCAGCUGGACUGUGCCUUGGAUUUGAUGAGGCGUCUUCCUCCGCAGCAGAUAGAGAAAAACCUCAGUGACCUGAUUGAUUUGGUAAGUAUGUGGGCCUGGAGUGCAGCUUAGGCUGGACCUAAAUAC